CAAACUCUAAUCCAUUGGAUAAUGAUUGGUUUUUGAAAUCUCCAAUUGGUUUCUGGAGGAAGUCUUGACAUGUAUGAUCUGUGAUGCUGGCACAUUAAUUCUUUAAUAUUUAAUCAUUGUAACGUAAAAAGGAAAUGAGGAUCUUCAGCAGUUAUCCAUGGUAAAAGUGGUAGAAAUAUUAAACAGACAUGCUAUAGCACAUUGAGGAUGUUACUUAUAACAAUCAAAGUUCAUAGGACAUCCGUAAAAUACGCCAAAAGUGAAUCACCGACGGUGUAAAUGUACCCCACUAGUUACCCCCUCUGAACGCCCUAUUCGGGCAAACAAUUAAGCUAUGUCGAACCUAUAUGGCCAGAAUUUGAAAUCCUCACCUGCUCGAUCCCCUUCUUCUCCAUGCAUUUGGACCAACCCAGAUGUAGGAAGCCCAUACCUGGAAAGGCUGUUAGAAGAAAAAAAGAACCUUGCUUUUUAUGUACAAGGUCUCCCUAUUUGCAAUAAGUUGCUGAAUCAAGAGAUAUUGAGGGUCUCAGAGAUGAUAGCCAACCAAGGUCUUAAUGACUUUGACAGACUGCAACUUGGAAUCCCAAAUCCUUCAAAUCCCUUGAACAUGAUGCCUGAUGUUGCUGCUAUAAGUGUAGGUCGUUGGGAUGGAGAUUCUGGCCAGAGUCCUCUUCAGUAUGAGGGAUUUGGUGGGCAACAAGGAUUGUCGAUUGAUCACCAGAAUGCAGCACCAGCUAGCCCAAGUUCCUUACUUACAAAGAGGUUAUUGCGCUUGGAUGUGCCUGUUGAUAUAUUUCCUAAUUUCAACUUCAUUGGCAGGCUUCUAGGUCCAAGAGGCAAUUCCUUGAAGCGAGUAGAGGCUUUGACUGGAUGUCGUGUCUUCAUCAGAGGAAGGGGUUCCAUUAGAGAUCCUAACAAGGAGGAGAGAUUAAGGGGAAGACCAGGCAAUGAACACCUUAACGAACCACUUCAUAUAGUGAUCGAGGCCGAAUCACCUGCAAGUAUCGUUGAUGCACAAUUGAGACAAGCGCAGGAAGUCAUUGAAGAGUUGCUCAAACCCGUGGAAUCAUCUCGGGAUUCUUAUAAACGGCAACAGUUACGAGAACUGGCUAUAUUGAACGCCCUUUUCAGAGAAGACAGCUCUCAGCCGAGUAGCAGCAGUGGAUCUCGUAGGUCCAACACAAUGAAGCGCGCUACGACCCCUUGAAAGGAAUCCUGUAGUUCCCUUCCAUACUGUAUAGUGUACAACCCCUCUCGAUCCAACGGUUAAGUUUCAAUCAAAUCCAGGAUCAGAGUACAGAGUUUGUUAAAAGAUUUCUUUUCUAUUUUGUUUGCUUGAUGCUAGCUGUGCAGCUUUUCCAACCAUGGUUUGCUUGUUUACUUUGGUUGUUUUGUGUGUUAUGUAAAUUGUAAACUAGGGUUUGUGUUGUGUGUUAUGCAUAUAAACUUAUAAAGUGUUGGUUUUGCUGUUUGAAAAAUGGGUUUUGCAAUUAAUCAGCCCAAAAAAGCUUUUUAAAA